AUGUCUAUGGAGCCGCCGGGCUAUAUUUCUCUUACUUCGUCGUGGAGACCUUUUUUCGAGUCUGGGUAUGCUAGGAAGAGGCACUCAUCGGGAGGGUAUAAUGAAUCCUUUGUCCGAACCGUCUCGACACCCCCGGGCUGUCCUCCAAUACUUUUGAAGGGGUCUUUGGUUGAGCCUCGAGGAUUCCAAGAUCAUGAGGAAGAGCGGCUGCGGGCCUCUGACCCUCCACUGGGACAGACCAGUCGCAGGCAUAAGAUGCGUCGAACAUUAGGGUCUGUCCGGAGAGGUGCUCCUCAGCGACACUUCACUGAUCCGAUAGUGCGGUUGAACAAAGACGAAGCUUACGGCAGAAUCGUCCCUUCAACCGCAUUCUCCAAUCUGUCGCCCCUAUCCAAUGUUUCCGGCUUCGAAAUUGACCUACCCGCUGGUACUCCUUCCUUCACCUCCAGCCCUCCAGUCUACGCUGCAACUCAGCAUCGCUUCACCGUGCCCAAACGAUUAUCUAUUGCUCCUUCGGAUCCGGCAACCACAAGUUCAGACAAUGACACGCGGGUGUUCACCGAUGAUGAAUCUAUGGAUUUUCAUAGUGACACUGCAUAUGAUUCAUUGGCCACUCGAGCCACGGCAAGCAGCCAUUCGGGUUUCCGUCCGCCCAAAAUAGAGACCAUCUUUGACGAAGUGUCUUUGGAUCAGCACCGUGCCGAGGCUUCAGUCUUAGAAGAUUUGAUGCAACGGACUACGUUGGAGGAUUUUGGCAUCAAUCCCAGGGAAACACAGGAAUCGUCUACAGAUGUCGGUAUGGGCAUAAGCGGUAUUGAAGACCAUGUACGGACACGAGACGUUAGCCCGGAUCUGGCGUCGACGCCGGUCAAAAGACCCUUGUCCGAGGGGGAGGAUUUUGUUUCAACACCAGUGCCGAGAGGAAAGCGUCGUAAUGGCCCCAUCCUAGCAUCGUCUCCUCCUUCCCUGCAUCCCUACCCACACAGCCACCAUGAAGAACCAGAACUGCCUCCAAUGAUGGAUUUGGAUACCGAAGAAGACAUAGACUGGUCUCCAAAACCUGACACCGAUGAUGCAGUUUCCGCGGAGCUUGCUUCUGCUGUCCCGACCAUUCCGAUCUGCUCCAACCAGGCCAGCGAGGACGAUCUCGAGGAACAGCCUUCUGCCAAGAGAUCAUCAAUCUUCGAUUGGUCGGAACAUCACACGUUCGGGAGCGAUCAAUCGAAUGGAAUGAGUCCUCGACCGAAGACGGUUCACGGCAAACAAAACAAAAACGCCACUCGGAGUCGGCCUGCCGGACGGAAAAGCAACGCAGCGAUGCAUCUGCGCAGUCAAAGCGUACCAGUUAAUCGAGAUAGCUUGACAGAAAGCGAGUUAGCAUCGUCGGCAACCAAAUUUGGUACCUGGGCUCUUGGUAGCAAGCCGGUGAGUGAGGAAUGGAGUGAUGAUUUCGAGUUUGACGAUGCGGACGAAGUUCAAGGUGUGGUUGACAAUGCCCGCAUUGACACGGACAGAAAGCACGAGUCGGUCCAGAGUGUCAGGGUGCCGCAGUCUAUCAUGGACCGGCAGCAAAGUGUUCAUAUACAGUUCAGUCAAGUCAGGGAGUUUAUGCUCUUGGUCGAAGAGCUCAAACGAUUGCGGGCGAGAAGUCUAAGUCUUGGUUUGCUUGAAAGCCACUCCAGACAGCUAUGGGAAGACGCGGCAAGUAUCAUCGAUCUGGCAACGCUGAAUGAAGAUGAUGAUACUGGACUCCGGCCGUCCUCGCCGGUUUCGGCCGACAUUUUCGGCGAAGAAACACCGCCAUCUAAACGAGGGAGUGAGGAAGAUGCUACUAAGGGGGGUGAAGGAGCUCGAGCAGUUAAUCGACGUUCGAUCUCCAGUCCAGCCGCGCCUCCAUGCGGGAGACCACGCGGCGAGAGUCUGCAAACGAAGACAUUCCUGCAGACCAUACAGCAAAGCCGGAGUGGAAUAGAAUCUUCACCCGUGGAGCGAGUGACACCAGCCCGGGAGAAGGUGCCCUUUGACACUCAAGAUCUACGAAAUCUCGUGGUGCGAGCAGGCGUCAUCACGCGGGCAUUGAAAGAGGUUGUGCGGAAAGCAGAAGGUGUAUCCCUAAGCCCAGAAAAGCCUCCAAACACAUUCCAGGAGCCGGUUUUCCGGCAAAUAUUUGAUCCACCGGGUUCAUCCCCGAGCCCAGGAUUGAGAAAGCCUGGUCUGCCGAAGAGCAAAAGUGCCAACAGCUACCUUGAUGGGGCAGGCACAAGCAAUGAUCACGAUAUUCCACAACCGUUGAAAUUGACCAUGGCCGUGGAGGCAAACUGA